AUCAGCAGGUUAUGUUUCCCACAUUAAUUCAUUUACGAUUAAUUAAUUUUACGAUCUGCGAAUAACAAUAACAUAAUAACAGGUGCAGCGGGGGAAGGAGAAAAGGGACAAUUUUGUUCUUGCAUACAAGACCCUGGGUGUGGUAUUUGGAGGACUUGUGACGUCACCUCUCUAUGUUUACCCUUCAAUGCCUCUCAACUCUCCAACAGAAGAUGAUUAUCUUGGCAUUUACAGCAUCAUUUUCUGGACUCUUACUCUCAUAGGCCUUGUCAAAUAUGCCAACGUUGCUACCAAAGCUGAUGACAACGGUGAAGGGGGGACUUUUGCUUUGUAUUCAUUGCUUUGCAGGCAUUUCAAUAUUGGAAUCCUGCCUUCUAAGCCUGUUGCUUUUAACUCCUCUAAGGUUAUUCGAACGCGUCCUACUUUCCUUGCCACCUUCUUUGAAACAAGCCUGGUUGCUCGGAGGGUGUUGCUUUUUGUUGCUAUGUUGGGUACUUGCAUGCUUAUUGGCGAUGGUAUACUUACGCCUGCAAUUUCAGUGCUGUCAGCAAUGGAUGGACUAAGAGCACCUUUUCCUUCAGUAAGCAAAUCAUUUGUGGAAAUACUCUCUGCAGUUGUCUUGGUGUUUCUGUUCUUGUUGCAAAAAUUUGGUACAUCCCGUGUUAGUUUCCUCUUUUCUCCAAUAAUGGGAGCAUGGACCUUGAGUACCCCACUUGUAGGAAUUUACAGCAUCAUACACCACUAUCCUAGUAUAUUUAAGGCCUUAUCUCCACACUACAUAUUCCGUUUCUUUUGGAGAAAUGGAAAAUCUGGAUGGCUUUUACUUGGUGGUACUGUCCUUUGUAUUACAGGUUCCGAGGCAAUGUUUGCUGAUCUUGGUCAUUUCAAUCAGCAGUCCAUUCAGAUAGCUUUUGUAUUCACAAUCUACCCAUCUUUAGUUCUGACUUAUGCGGGACAGACAGCCUACCUGAUCAAGCAUCCCAAUGAUCAUGAUGAUGGCUUUUACAAAUUUAUACCAAAUGCAGUCUACUGGCCUAUCUUUGUUAUUUCCACUUCAGCUGCGAUUGUUGCUAGCCAGUCAUUAAUAUCAGCCACUUUUUCUGUAAUCAAGCAAUCUGUAGUGCUGGAUUAUUUUCCCCGUGUAAAGAUUGUACACACAUCUCACAGUAAAGAAGGAGAAGUUUACUCCCCUGAAGUGAACUACAUCCUAAUGGUCCUUUGUGUUGCUGUUAUUCUUAUCUUUGGAGAUGGAAAAGAUAUUGGAAAUGCUUUUGGUGUUGUUGUGAGCCUAGUAAUGCUUAUCACCACUAUCUUACUUACAUUAGUCAUGAUCAUGAUAUGGAGGACUCCUGUUCUGCUGGUUGCUUUAUAUUUCUUGGUGUUUUUUGUGAUGGAAGGGGUUUAUGUCAGUGCAGUUUUCACUAAAUUUGCUGAAGGUGGAUGGAUUCCUUUUGCCAUAUCAUUUUUUCUUGCUUUCAUCAUGUUUGGUUGGUUUUAUGGUAGACAAAGAAAGGUUGAUUAUGAGUUAACCCACAAGAUAACCUUUGAGAGACUCCAAGAGCUUUUAGCUGACCGCAGUGUUCAAAGGGUUCCUGGGCUAUGCUUCUUCUAUUCUAACAUUCAAGAAGGGUUGACUCCUAUUCUUGGACACUACAUAAAGAACAUGAAAUCCCUUCAUAAGGUCACAAUAUUCACUACCCUUAGAUAUUUGUUGGUCCCCAAGGUUGCUCCACACGAGAGGAUUGUCAUCAAGAAAUCAAAUCUCAAAGGGGUUUAUUGCUGUGUGAUUCAAUAUGGCUAUGCAGAUGCUCUAAAUUUAGAAGGAGACUAUUUUGUCGAUCAAGUCAUUAAUAGUUUGACACUACAUAUACAGAACUGUCAAGAUAAUCUUUCAUCUGAUUCUCAAGAGGUUGAAGAGGCUUCCAUAUUAGAAGAAGCAAGGCGCGCCGGGGUUGUUCAUGUUCGAGGAAAAACAAGAUUUCACAUUGGCCUCAACUGUGGCUGGUUUGAUAAAAUGAUGCUUAGUUUUUAUGAAGUAAUGCACAGUAACUGUAGAUCUGGCCUACCUGCUUUAGGGGUUCCACCACAGCAACGGAUUGAAGUUGGAAUGCUAUACGAGGCUUGAAGGGGUUAACUAUAUUCAAGCAUCUAAAUUUCCCAAGAUUCAGCACUUACACCAGCUCACACAUGCAUACUUACCCAAAAUGAGAGAGGGCACAAAUAAUUGAAGUGGGAUAAACAC